UUCCGAUGCAAAUGAAUGAGAAUCACUGAACGUAAAGAUAGUAUUAAGUGUAUAUUGGCGCGAUAUCAUUUAAAAGCGUCUGAAUACAAUUUUAUAAAAUACGAUAUAAACAUGGAAAUGCAUACAAUUAUUAACGAUAUUAUUAAUAAUGAAAAUGAUUGUGAAACAAAUAAAGAAUCUGCAAACGAGUUAAAAAGCAAGCUGAGAAAACAAAUAGAAAAUUUAAAAUUUUUAAUCUAUCAAACUGAAUGUAAUUUAGGUAUAUCAAAAUUUUCAAACACUGAAUGUUGUAUUGUUGAAUCAGAGGUAUCUAAUCCUGUAAGUCCUAAGAAAAUUCUAAAUAUCGAUGCACAGUUAGAAUCUGCAUUGUAUAAGUAUUCUGGUUUUUAUUGUGUUAAGUAUACAAAACAAGAAUGUGUAUUUAAUUUUUCAUCCUUAAAUAAAUGUGACAAAAAAAAUACUUUCGCUGUACAAAUUUUAAUGAAUAAAGAAAAAAUUACAUUAGGAAAAUGGUUAAUGCCAAUGCCAAUUGACUUGAUUGAUUUGAUGUUAGAACUGUCCAUCAAAGAGUUAAAAGACUUGCCUUACUUUUUUAAAACUUGCAAACAUUAUAAUGAUUGUUAUUUUAUGCGACAUGAACAAUUUGUUGCACUGAUGGAUAUUGUUUCUGAUACAAAAAAUUGCAACUUGCAAGCAAAUUUACAGUAUACACAAAUUAAUUUAGAACUAAUGAGAGUAUAUGAUAAAAUUAAUGAUAAAUAUAUAGAUAUAAUCAUAUAUCUUCUAUAUAAUUUUAAUGAAAUAAGACCAUAUAAAAUUAAAGUAGAUUCAAUGUCGAAGGAAACAUUAGAUCCAAAGACAAUAAAACAUUUAAAAGUAACUUUAGCAUGUUUUAAACAGUUUCAUUUAUACAAAGCAUUUAAGAAAAUAUUGAAUAAAGGAGCAUUUAUAUGGUCAAAAGAAGAAAAUGAAGAUAGUCCACUAGAAAUGAAUAAUUCAGACUGUUCGGAUAAUGAUGGAUUAUUGGGGGAGUAUUUAUUAUCAGAACAAAAAUCUUUAGAACUUUCAAAAAGGAGAAGAAAAGUAAGAAAGAAACAAAAUACAAUUAAAAGACAAAAGAUUGAUGAUGUUUUAAAUUUACCUAGUACCUCCAAAGAUACUAGACAUUCCAGAUCAUUUCAAGAUAAAAACAAAGAAAAAGAACAAGAAUUUGAGAAUAGAAAGCAACAUUCAGAAAGUGAAAAUGACAGUGAUAUUACAGAAUCAACACCACUUGUUAAUAAAUCAAAUCAAAAGAAACCAAGGCAGAGAAAACUGGAAUUUCAUAAGAAUAAAUCAAACUUGCAUGUAAAGAAUGAUGAUGUAUCUUCUAAGAUAACAUCAUUUAAAAAAAAAACAGUUUACAAGAAACAAAAUCAACCAUUUACUAGUACUCCAAAACAUGAAAAGAAGCAAGAUUCUAAAUUGAUUAUAUCAAGUAACACUGACAUUAGUGACAUUACAAUAAAUGCAAAAUAAAGUGAAGAUUAACUCUAUUAAUAAAAUUAUUAAGUAGGUACAAAUGAAAAGGAACAUAAUGUUUUAUAUGUC